CAGGUCCAGGGGAAGGAAAAUUUAGAUUAUUUAUUGUGGUUCAGGCCACCCACGUCCCAUAUCCCCUGUCCUGAACUGAUGCUUCCCAUCCCACCACAGGUGGAGCGAAUCCUGUCAGAGUUUCGGCUGAAGGAAGAGGACCUGAAGAAGGUGAUGUACAGGAUGCAAAAAGAGAUGGACCGAGGGCUAAAGCUGGAGACGCACGAGGAAGCCUCUGUCAAAAUGCUGCCCACUUACGUCCGCUCCACACCUGAGGGCUCAGAGGUUGGAGAUUUCCUGUCGCUGGACCUUGGUGGCACCAAUUUCCGCGUGAUGCUGGUGAAAGUGGGCGAGGGGGAGGAAGGGCAGUGGAAAGUGAAGACAAAGCACCAGAUGUACUCCAUCCCGGAGGAUGCCAUGACAGGGACAGCUGAGAUGCUCUUCGACUACAUCUCCGAGUGCAUCUCUGAUUUCCUGGACAAGCACCAGAUGAAGCACAAAAAGCUGCCCCUGGGCUUCACCUUCUCCUUCCCCGUGCGGCAUGAGGACAUCGACAAGGGCAUCCUCCUGAAUUGGACCAAGGGCUUCAAGGCCUCUGGCGCAGAAGGGAACAACGUGGUUGGGCUGCUGAGAGACGCCAUCAAACGGCGAGGGGACUUCGAG